CAUUGUUCCAUGAUUCUCCCUCGAAACCGCGUCGCAUCCCCCAAGUCAGUCACUUUGUUUGUGUCGCAAACCGCGUGCGACUGUUCUUACCCGCCUUCACCAACGCCCGCCUUCUUUUCGAACCUACCCUUCUGGACAUUCAGUUCGAUCUCACCGUGAAGCGAAUCGUGCCUGCGCAUCGCCUGGCAUUGCACUCUCUGGCGCAUCCCGAAUCCUUCUUCCACUCAUUGUCGCGUACCUUUUUUUUUUCACUGCAAGCGCAUAUCAUCCAUACCGAUUACAACCACCGAUUAUGCCUUGUGACAGUCGCCGAUAGUCCCGGGCAGUAACCCAUCAACCAUGGACAAGAUGCGCCCUUUAUCAAUGUCCAAAAUCAACACCUCCACAUCAACCACCGACAUGUCGCCUUCAAUGGGCUCACCUUACUUUGUGCAAUCGCAUUCGCGCGACUCUUCUGCUGGCUCAAGCAACGCAUCACCCAUCACGCCGACCUUUUCUGUCCGUGGACACGGUCGAUUCCCAAGCUCAUCCUCAUCGUUGGUGACAAGUCCGGCUUCUCCACUUCCUCCAGCUCCCAAAGCAACGCUCCACGAUCUGGUUGAGGAUCCUGCCGAGCGCGAUGAGUGCUUCGAGUUCAUGAGCCACGAUGCUCGCGAGGAGAUGUGUAUCUGCGACACGCCGUUCUGCCAUCAUCGACAGGUGGCGUCAUCGGAACCUACCACUGCAGCUCCUCCCAGUCCUGAAUGGACGCCAGGCGAUGAUUAUUUCGCGGACCAUGAAUUCCCACGACAAUCAUUCAUCAAAAGGCAAAGGUCGGAAGAGGAUGAGUCUGGUGACAGCUUCUCGACCAGAUUCAGUCGCCACUUGCCUUCAAUCCGGAAGAGAUUCUCCCGACGCACACCUUCGACAUCGUCUUCAAUCCCACACUUGCGCAGUGCGCCGCACUCACGAUCUGCGUCCAUGAGGAUGCCUUCGACCCAGUCACUCGGCGAACGAGAAGGCCGUGGUCUGGGAUUGUUGUUGGACGGCCGAAGCAAGCCGCGUUCACUCAGCCCACCUCAUGCGAGAAGCACGCCUCAAAAUAUGCCCAGACCACGCGACAGUGGCAUCACUGAGACCGAAGAGGAACACUUCGAUGCCCAGGAGCUGGCCUCGACACCACUACUACCGCCCAUGCUGGCCGACUACUUCAACAAGAAUUCAUCGACCAUGCAGUCACCGUUGCAAUCACCAACAACCGCAGCGCCAAGUGUCGCGCAGUCAAUGGCCAAUUCACCAGUGUCCACGCCCGUCAUUUCCGGCUAUCUCACUCCACCUCUAUCGACUAGAGGUUCUUUCGCAUCGCUGGGCAGACUGCGUUCCAACUCAGGUCUUCAAGCAUCAUCAGAAAUUCCCUCCUUGACCAUCGCAGAGGAGGAGACCGACCCAUGGGCAAUCAAACUCGGCCACGCAAACUUUCGAAUCCACCCAGAACCAUACCUACCCGACGUCUUCGACGCGCAAACCUGCCGCCGCCUGCGCGACGACUGGGAAACUGCACGCAUGGAAUACAUGCGCCUCGCAGCGCAGACCAGCGAACACUACGGCGUGACCUCGCAAAUCUACAAACUCACCGAGCAAAAAUGGGCGGAGAUCGACGCCACAUGGCGCGCGAACCAUGAAAUGGCAAAUGCCGAAGCGCAAGCCAAUGGCGACAGUCCAAUUUUCCAACCUUUGGCCGAGACGGAGGCGUUGUCGAAAAUGCCAUCUCUGCGCGAUCCUCAGCAGCCGUCGAAAUUCCCGCUUGUGGAACCGGAGACGAUCGUCGGUCCGAUGGUAAGAUAUGCGAAGAUUCAGCAUUCGCAACCGACGACUGCGAAACGGCCGAGUUUUCUGAGGAUUUUUACGGAUCCGGCGAGUAUGUUGACGAAUAUCGCGGCGAGGAGGUGAUAGAGGGCAUUCAAGCCAGCAGGAAGGCACAAGGGAAAGGGAAAACGGAAAGGGCAAAAAACGAAAUCACGAUUACGAAUUUUACGACAACGGGAAGCAUAUCGUCUGUACUACCGCUGUGGCGAGUGUUGCUGGGUGUACAAACAUAUCUUUUACUGGCGCUACGGGAGGAGGCCGUGGCAGCUAUGGCGGUCGGGCGUGUCGAGCUGUUGAGCAGUGAGCGCGUUGACCAGGGAAAGGGAAAAGGGAACAGUAAAAUGGAAAAUGGGAGGGAUGUAUAGGAUUCAGCGGCAUGGGAUGAGAGUUGAGAUGAAGCCUGGUUUUGCGCUUGCCUCCUCCGCCGUGGGCGCUGAAACGGGGAUGGACGAGGGAGAGAGAGGUGAACAUCUUCGUGUUGUUGUCAAGCGCAUCGAUGUGGUUGCCCGGGCGAACAUGGCCAAGAAACCCCUUCGACGACGGGGUCGAAAGUCGCAGCCUGUACCUAGCUACCACACCACCGAACGCAAUGAAGCAUGUUCAAAACG